UGGUAGUUGAAGUUGGGACAAAUGCAUGUGCCUCUUGGAUUAUAAAUUUGACAUUAAUUUGGUGUGGCUCUCAGACUAUGCAAAAAAUGUCAUUUUCAGCAAAAUUAAAUUAAUCAAUUGCAUUCCUUCUGCCCCUUAUAAAUACAGCUACACUCUUACUUGAAAAUCGUACAAUUCAAUUCCAACAAUUUCUGCAUCUCAAAUUGUUUCAUAUAACAUCAAUGGCUGCAUUGUCUCUAUUAAUCUUUUUCUUCUUAUUGAGGCUGAAGAAUAGUUAUGGAGAUGGAGGAUGGCAAAAUGCUUAUGCUACUUUCUACGGUGGAGGAGAUGCAUCUGGCACCAUGGGAGGUGCUUGUGGGUAUGGCAAUCUGUACAGCCAAGGAUACGGUACAAACACAGCAGCACUGAGUACUGCUCUUUUCAACAACGGGCUGAGCUGCGGCUCUUGCUACGAGUUGCGGUGCAGCAACGCCAAAUCGUGCCUCCCCGGCAGCAUCACCAUCACCGCCACCAAUUUCUGCCCUCCAAAUCCUUCUCUUCCCAACAACAACGGCGGCUGGUGCAACCCUCCCCGCCAGCACUUCGACAUGGCUCAGCCCGCUUUCGUCAAGAUCGCCCAAUACCGAGCUGGAAUCGUGCCCGUUUCAUUUAGAAGGGUGGCGUGUAGGAAGAAGGGCGGGGUAAGGUUCACGAUCAACGGGCACUCGUACUUCAACUUAGUGUUGAUCUCGAACGUGGGUGGUGCGGGCGACGUCCACAGCGUGUCGAUCAAGGGGUCGAGGAGCGGGUGGCAGUCGAUGUCGAGAAACUGGGGCCAGAACUGGCAGAGCAACUCUUAUCUCAACGGCCAAGCCUUGUCUUUUCGUGUGACCACUAGCGAUGGAAGGACAAUCACUAGUUAUAACGUCGUGCCAUCGAAUUGGCAGUUCGGACAGACAUUUCAAGGAGGCCAAUUCUAGUCUUUGCAAUUUUUCUAUACUAUCUUUGUAUGUAGCAAAUGUCAUAGAAAAUCAUUUUUUUUUUGUUGCAUCUCUAGAGAUGUUCAAAUAGUGGUUGGAUUAUAUAUUUGAUGAAACCACCAAAGGAAUGUCGCCAUAUAGUCAUUACAAGUUUGUAGAUUCUAUAUAUAUGUGUGUGGGAUUUGGUACAAAUUAGAACUAGGUUGGGGCCUACUUUUAAUGAAUGUGAUUUGGUUUUGUCA